UUUUUAACCCCGUAUCACUUUCACAGAACAGCUCUGCCUCUGUCUGCCUUAUCUUUAUUGGCCGCAAAUCAAAAGGUUCAAACUUUAAUCAACCAAACAACAAACAAACCAACAAAAACAAUACAUACAAAACAGUGAAAACACGAGUCCCCCCAUUUUCUCUCUCUCCCCUAUAUUGUCCCAGGAAAAAUAAAAACUCUAGGAAAAAUAGGACCAGCUAGUCAUUCACAGACAGACGGGAAACAACUAUGGCUUCUCAUGGCAACAAAUCAGAGGAAGAAGCCGCCAUUUCUGAAGCUCCAAACACACCCAUUUCUACCAUCGUCAUCAUCAUAGCUAUGCAGACAGAGGCGCUUCCUUUGGUGAACAGGUUCCAGCUUACUGAGGACCUUGACUCCGUGUUUCCCCAAGGGGUCCCUUGGGUCCGGUAUCGUGGUGUUUACAAGGACCUCAACAUCAAUUUGAUCUGGCCUGGCAAAGAUUCAACUUUGGGGGUUGAUAGUGUAGGCACAAUUUCAGCAUCUCUUGUAACCUAUGCAUCCAUCCAAGCAUUAAAGCCAGACCUAAUAAUAAAUGCAGGCACUGCUGGUGGCUUUAAGGCCAAAGGAGCAGUCGUUGGUGAUGUGUUUCUUGCAGCUGAUUGUGCUUUCCAUGAUAGAAGAAUACCUAUACCUGUUUUUGAUAUGUAUGGAGUUGGUUUACGGCAGGCCCACUCAACUCCCAAUCUUGUUAAGGAACUUAACCUAAAGGUUGGGAAAUUGUCUACUGGUGACUCUCUAGAUAUGUCCCCACAUGAUGAAUCAUCAAUCACUGCAAAUGAUGCUACAGUUAAAGACAUGGAGGGAGCUGCUGUUGCCUAUGUGGCAGAUCUUUUGAAAGUCCCUGCAAUAUUUGUAAAAGCUGUGACUGAUAUAGUGGAUGGUGAGAAACCAACUGCCGAGGAAUUCUUGCAGAAUUUGGCAGCUGUGACUGCUGCACUUGAUAACACAGUCACUCAAGUAAUUGAUUUCGUCAACGGAAAAUGCCUCUCUGAGCUUUGACACUAGUUAUCUUCAGUUCUUGAUCUCUCUGAAACUAUAUUUAACAGUCUCGUAAACUCAGAUCAUAAGUCAUAACAUACCAGAUUUGAUUGGAAACGUGUGAUUUUAAAGGCAUAUAGCUAUAGUUUCAUAGAUUGAAUAGGCAGUAUGUUUGAGACAAUAAACAACCUCAUGGUAAUUUAAUGGAUUUCAUUUGUUUGUACACCUAA